AUGCCAGGCUUGUUGGAGAGUUGCAGAAAUUGUUUUGGCACAGAUGACUUAUACAAAGUCAUCGGAGUACAGAAAACGGCAACUGCGGCCGAAGUAAAACGUGGAUACCAUCGUCUGUCCCUGAAGGUCCAUCCCGAUCGUGUAGAAGAGGAAAUAAAAGAGGAAGCUACACACAAAUUCCAAACAGUGGGCAAAGUAUACAGCAUCUUAUCAGACAAGGAUAAAAGAACAGUUUAUGAUGAAACAGGUGAGGUAGAUGACGAGGAUAGUUUACAAGAAGACAAAGAUUGGGUAGACUACUGGAGAAUACUCUUUCCAAAAAUUACAGAAGAAGACAUCAAGAACUUUGAAGCCAAAUACAAAGGAUCCGAGGAAGAGCGAGCUGACCUGAAGGAGGUUUAUACCACAUUUGAGGGAGACAUGGAUGAAAUCAUGGAACAUAUCAUGUGUUCCAGUAUUGAGGAUGAACCUCGAUUUAGAAAAAUCAUCAAAGACUUGAUCAAAAAAGGAGAAGUUCCUAAUUUUGAAGCAUUUAGUAAAGAAAACAAGAAAAAAAGUGCAUCCCGGAAGAGAAAGGCACAGGCAGAGGCGAAGGAAGCAGAAGAAGCCAAGAAAAGCCUUGGGAUAGGAGCGAAUGACUCCCUGCAAGCUCUUAUCCUUAGUAAACAGAAGGGACGUGCAGCUCAGGCAGAUGACUUCUUUGCCAACCUAGAGGCUAAAUAUGCUCAACCAAAGAAGGCAAAGGGAAAGAAAAAGUGAUUUGUGAGAAAGUUCAUUUAUAGUUUUAGGCAACAUGGUAGUGUACAUACAGAUCCAUGUAAUGAAGACUUUGUCCUCUAUAAAAGAAAAAGGCUGAAGUAAUCCACAUUGAAAAGAUAUUGUGAUAUACUUCAAAAUCCUAUCUAAGGGAGGUGUUAGUUGUUACUUUCAUUACCAAGGUAUGCUUGCAAAAACAAAGGUUGAGAAAAGAAAUGACCUUGACCCAAAGUCAAAGAUGCAGCAGUCUUCAAACAACCUGAUUGAAAGGUUUCCUGGUGGAAGCCCUACACAAUCUGUAAAAAAAAAUGUUAAAACCUUAUGACAAGUUCCCAUUGACCAGGACCUCAAAUGUCAAUGAUAUAAAAUGCUAAUAAAUUUGUAAAGAGCAUUGAAUACCAAGUUAAUGAUGUAGGCCCAUUGGGCAUCUUGAUAUUGAGAAUUUUUCAACUUCUGUAUCAUUUUCAUUUAUAUAAACAUAUAACUCAAAACAAAUUGAGUUAUGAAUAAUGUGAUAUAAUUAUGUGUUUGGCCAUAUGUUCAAGACGUUUUUUAAACUUUAUGAAUCAGAUCAGGAUGUUAAAAUUCAAUGAAGGAGAGAGACACAAUCUGUAGCUCUUACCAUCCACAUUGAUAUUUGAAUAAUCAUUCAGGCACCACAAUGCUACAUUUUGUAUGCUGUCUCAUUAGCUUUCUGAUGUUUCCUUCUGAUAUGAGAGUGUUUUAUCAUGUGGUACAUGAUGGAGAUGGAAGUGAAAAUGGAUGUUUGUGGUAUUAUAAGAAUAUAGUAGUAUACAAAGGAAUCCCAUUGAUUUAUCGCCCACUUUUGUAAAGAAGGGAUACUUAAUGUAGAAAUCACCUUGUGUGCCCGUGCGUUGUGUGUGACAACCCUGUGUACAGCAUUUCUUUUUUAUCUGUAAUUUCUGUUAUUUUCAGAAAGUUGUACAUGGUAUACAUAAUGACAUGAAAUCACAUUUACACUCUCUCACACUCACAGAUUUUGUAACAGACAGUUAUGAUAUUAUCAUCAACAUCAUCCUCAUCAUCAUCACAUCCUGACAUCAUGCAUAACACUAUCACUCUCCAUUAUAAUGAUAAUCAUGUGUACAUCAUCAUUGUUAUCACUGCAUUACCAAUAAUCACAUGCACUUCAUCAUCAUCAUCAUCAAUCAUCAUCAUCAUCAUCAUCAUCAUCAUCAUCAUCAUAAUCAUUGACCAUUAAACAUCCUUUAUCGUCAUAACAUAAAGACUUGAACUAAAUGAUGUUCAUUAAGAAAUUAGAUAAGAAAAAACCAGUGUACAGCAUAUCUUGUGAGUCUGUAUACAGGUUCAGUCCAUAUUAAAAGCAUAGCAUCACUCACCAAGGUCAUUGGUCAGGGUUGAAGGUCAAAGGUUUGCCUUGAUCAUAGAUUUAGAUAAGAAAAAAAUGUUGUUGUGAUAGGGGUGUGUAUGUGGGCACCUGCUCAUUUUGUUUUUAUGUUAAUGCCGUGUGUGAUAUCUGUUCAGAUAA